ACGUGUUGGAAAGCGGCGUGUGGAUUGCGUUGAUCUGUCGUUGUGCGUUUGGGCAAGAUAUUGGGCCCUUCCUUAUCCGUAUGACUGAGGUAUGAUGAUAUUUCUCAAAAGCGAAUGACGUAUAGUAAAUGCCUAUCAAGUGAAACCUGGUCCAGUAACAAUUUUGCAUCAAUUUUUGAAAUUUUAUGACUUUUUUAAUGACGUUUCAUUCCACCCUUCACUGAAAAUCUAGUUAGAUACCCAAUAACCCAAGAUAUUCAGUAUAUUAGACGCUCAAAGAUAAAAUACUGAGCCGUAUGCUGUGUAUGUAACGUACUCAAUUUAUUUACAGUCUGUUGUGUCGGCUGCCGUUGCUUUGAUCUGUCUGUUGUAGUGCUUUUACUUUUUUAGUUACUGCAUUUAGAAACUAGGUUUAUUGUGGAUAAGGUGGUGUGUUUUUACAAGACCAAAGAAAUAGAUAAAACGAUUUAUUCCAGAAUAAUAAUGGUAGAAUAAUUGGGGUAAAAUAUUGGGUAUUUUGAUUCACUUGUAAGUUCAUGUAUGUGUACAUGAAUCUAUAAAGUCUAUAGAUCUACUGUAAAGUGAAGUAAUAUAUGGGUGGUGUGUGGUCUUGUGUGACAAGCAGUGCCAUAGCGCCAUUCCCCUCUGUCUCUCCCAUUGUGUGACCAUCAAGGCACCAUCGGGGCCCCAAGCCUUCUCAACCGACGGCUAUGAACAGCUGAAAUGCGUUGCUGUAGGCCAGUCCUUAGUAGAGGGUUCAGUUCAGACGGUGGCGAGGAUUUAUGUGAGGUGUUGGUACAGGACGUGGAAGCUCAGACGCCCAUCUACGUCUCCUCCUCGACCAACACGCCCACCUCCCCUCCCAUACCCACCCACCACUCGCACUCUGGGCGCCACCAGAAGCAUCCCACCUCCUCCUCCUCCUCCUCCCGGCACCACCCGGCUUAUCACACCCACUCCAACAACCUCAACAACAACAUUGCGCCCGAAAAUAACAACAUGGAUGUGGAGACCAAAAGUUCUAGUGAUUCAGACCAUUCCGUGGGCGGCCUCCGGACGGCAUCUCUAGAUCGCCUAGGACGUCGAUCGCAUGCCCACUCGGCCGCCCACGCCCACGUUCACUCCCACACACCCCAUUACACCCUUCCUCGACGACCGCACAAUGCCCAGAGAUACUCCCAGCAGCCGACAAAGGGGAAGGGCUACGGCUACUCCCCUCCCUCGGCGGUGUUCGACGAUGACCCGGGCAUCAUGUCAGAGGCAGAGACGUCGUCCACGGGGUUCCGAAGGGGAGGCAAACAGAGGUCCUCCCUCCCCAUCUCGCGUCAGUCCUCUUCCAAAACAAUCGACAGUCGGAAUUUUGAUAUGGACGACAACAGCUCAUACUGGGAUGAGGACCCGGGAAUUAUGAGCGAAGCUGAAACCUCUUCGACGGGUCGUGGACGAAAUGCAAAACCUCGAACGUCUUUGCCUAUCGUAAGAACGCCAUCCAAAACACUGGAACGACCUCUCGGUCUAGUGUUUCUUCAGUUCCGAGGGGAAACCAAGCGAGCCCUUUUACCUAACGAAAUCACUUCCUUAGACACGGUGAAAGCACUGUUUGUCCGUUCGUUCCCCAACCAGCUUACUAUGCAGUACCUUGAUCUUCCGUCUGUCAAAAUAUAUAUCCACGAUUCUAAUAAAGAUAUGUUCUACGACCUCGAAGACUUAGGAGAUAUUCGUGACCGCUCGGUUCUCAGGGUCUUCGAGGGGGAAGGAGUCAACGGUCAAGGAGGAGGGGUCUGGGACCAAGAUCAGUCGUACUUCAGCGAACCCGAGUUCGACUCCGAUUAUCAACAACAGCACGUUCACAAGUCGAAGAGUGGAAAAUCCAGUGGGGGAUACUACAUGACGCACUCGUACCCUCCCGGUGCCCCUGCCCACACUGCGGGAGUUGCCCCAAUUCCGCGAGGGCCACGCCCACAGUAUUCACCAGGGGGUGUGGCCCCUCCUAAGCCACAGCGGUACGCAGGAGGACCUGGCGCCCCCAGCGGGCCAGGCGGGCCAGAAACGGGGCCUCAGGGUAUGAUUGGUAUGAAAAGCGGGGUUCGGCCGUCAGCGCCCUUAGCUGGCCCGCCCACAGGUCCACCAGGAGGGCCACGCCCACAACACAUGGCUCGCUCCUACUCCUCCUACUCCUCCUCGCCAGAGCGGCUCGAUCUCCUCUACUCCUCGCAGGAACGCAUGCACGGUGAUGGAUACCUGUCUUCCCCUGAGCGAUCUCCCAGACCGUACGGCGGUACCGGAAGCGCUUACUUGACGCCGACGCCAAGCUACGAGGACCCUUACUAUGGAGGAGGGCAGUACGGGUCUCGGUCCGGCUCCGUCACUCCUAUCAUCGACGAGGAAGCUAGGUCGGCGUUUUACAGCAUGAGAGUAGAGCAGAUGGAACGGCAGCUGGCGUCUCUUACGGGUCUAGUUCAGAAGGCUUUACACACCGGGGUAGGGGGGUCGCCCCGCCCUGAGCAUAUCCCUCUAGCGCCUCCUCCCGCUGUUGUGGCUGCAGCUGCCGUGGCUAACAACACUCGAGAUCCACCGCCAACGACCAGGGCCUCGAACGACUUUCUCCAAGUGCCAUCGACAACUUCAUCCUACAAAAGCUCCGACGACACUUUCCUACGACCAGACACAAAGCCGCCAAAAUUAGGAAAGGGUAGAGAGAAAUCCGUCUCGUUCGAAAAAUCCGUAUCGUUUAGCGACGAUCUACCCGAUUUGAAUACACCGCCGAAACAGCAUGUUCCUGCAGCCGAGAAACAGCCAAUCAAGCCUGCCAUCAAGUGCUCAACCCUUCCCAGAAUGUCCUCUCAAGACCCGUUGAGACCAAAUAAUGAUGACCCACUGAGACCAAGCAAGCCGGCUCCUCCCCCAUCCAAGCCACAACCGCCACCCAAACCACCCAAUCUGAUGCUCACGCGCCCGUCUCUGUCGCUUCAGAACUCGACAGAUUUGCGCCUUUCGCCGGAAGUGUAUAACCAGCUGAGGGUUCUGCAGAAGAAGGCAAAAGAACUCAGAACGGACGUCAGGAACCUGAGGAGGACGUCGCAAGCCAACGCGCUCACCAUGAAGGAAAUCCUGAGAGACACCGUUGUCAAAAUCACGAAGCUACUUCAGGCUAAUGAGGAUUGUUUGCUACAUGGGUCAGCGGAUGCUGAGAGAGUCCGGAUACAGCGUGAGGAAGACUCUUACAGGCAGGAUAUGAGCAAGCUCGACAAAGAUCUCUGUGACCUCGAGAUGAAGGUGGAGGAACUUCGUAAUAAUGUAAUCAAUAGAAGACUACGCGUUAAUAUGUCAGAUGUCGAAAAUAUGGCUCUGAUAUUAUCUAGGUCUAGCAAAACAGUAGCUGAUCUUAAAGCAAGAUUUCCUAUACUCCAAGAUGGUUUGAAAGGUUUAAUAUCUGCCGAAAUGGAGAAAGCAAUUAGAGAUGAAAAAUUUUUAGAAGAAGAGCCUGACAAAUUAGAAACUGCGCUGCGGCGAUGCAAGAAGUUAACCGGCACUCUUGUUACUCUGAAGAGGUUAGCGUCAGUUCAAGAGCAACGGGUACCUCCUAAUACCCCUGGGGCUGGUCCGCUGGUAGGUGUGGCCAACGGUGACCCCAGAGCCACCUCUCCAACUCCUGCUGAGGAGGCCAGAUCCUCAGCGUCUAAGCAGCCCGGUGUUAUCUCGGGCACUCACGUGGCAUCCACCGGACUCAGUACCGAUGGACAGCCGCGCCUACGUGCAGAGAACGCACUCGACGCUCUGUUAGACGAGUUGCAAACUUUUGCGCGACCACCGUCUGAGUCCGGUAGUCGCAAAAGCAGCCUGGACGUAACACCCUCCACUCCUCUGGCUACUACUGCUCCUGGAACCCUUAAUGUCAACUCUGUUCUUACUUCUACUGGCGUCAGGCGACUUCCGUCUUUCCCAAGUUCAGACUCACAGUCGUCACCAGUGAAAACUCCUGCCAAUGUCUUCCCUGGUUGUGCUAGUACCCUGCCUAGAAUGUCUGCGAGUAAUCAGGCGCCUCAACCACCACCACGUGAUGAACACCGGCUUAGUGUAGCUUCAACAACCUCAUCAGGAUCAGGUAGAUCUUCACCAAGGGGCAGCAUCAGUGGUGAGCAGCACCGGUUACCACCUCCACCACCACCAAGAACUUCUUCAAAGUCCCCAAUGCUGUCUCCUACUUCGCCUUUAAGUCCAGCUUUACGGUCUACAUCAGUGACCCCUGGUGGUAUGGUAGCAUCAGUAACUGGAGGUGUAUUACGGAAUGCUGAAGGCAGGGAGCUUUAUGGCCCAGUUUUGCGCCAAAGGCCACCAUUAGGAAGAGGUUCAUUCAGUGAAGACUCAACUGCAUCAUCUGCCUCUACCAAUAGCUCUACAAGUAGUGCCAAGGCUGGCCAACUGUCUUCAAACAGCAGUAGCACUGAGAGUGUCAAUUCACAAGAGGGUGCCAAUCCUCACCAGAAAAAGCAGAAUAGUGUGCCACCUACUCCACCACCAAAACAAAGGCAAGAGAAUUUGGAAGCUCGCCACUUAGAGCUCUUGAGACGCCAGAAGCAAUUGCAAGAGCAGUACCAGCGAUUACAGUCUCUUCAGCGAUCUGGAGGUAGAUUACAACCAGUCAAUAUCGACUUAAAGAAGACGGGUAGUGAGAGUAAUCUUGCAGGUCGUUUAGGGUUGUCACUGGCUCCAGUUUCGCAUGGAUCCCUUUCUAACCUUUCAUCAACACCUUCUCCCUCACAAGCUUCCAAUACGAAUACUCUUCCUAAUCCAAAGACAUCUUCAUUUUCCAUAGCGGUAGGAGGCGGAGACAAUCGCCAGACUACUAAACGUAGCAGUGGAGGUUUGGUUGAAACAGAUAUCCUUUGAACUUUAUGUCAUAACGAUAAGCUGUUGGAAAGACCAUGUUAAAGAAAUAGAUCCCUUCCCUUUUCACUAAACAUUGGAGAUGUAAAUAUGUAAAGUUUAUAUAUAAGAAGAAAACUGCCAACUGUUACAGAAGGACUAUAGGAUAAUUAACAUGCAAUAUACGCUUUAAUUAAGUCUCAUUUUGCGUAAUUUUGUAAAUGCAUAAUUUUUUUUCAUUGUUAUUUGAAGAUGUUCAUACUUGUCACAAGAAAUAAUCAAAAGAUUCUAGUACCUUCGAAACCCUUUAAAAAGCUAAUUACUUCUACAUUGUUUUGACUUCUUAACAUCGAAUCCACAAACUAUUGGACAGUUAUUUACCUGUUGCUCAACGACCAGGCUGACAAUUACAGUAAUUUAGAACUAUAAACCAAGAUGCUAGGUUCAGGCUGCUUUUCUUCAAUUAUGUCAAGAAACUAUUCAGUCUAGUCAUUGGCUGCUUCAUUUAUAGUUCCUUAUUGUUUAUGAUGGCAGAUUGUUACUUAAAUCUAUGUAAACUACGCAAGUCUGUGAUCUUAGAGUGAUGUAUCAAUUCCCGACUUUUCAUUUUUUUUACUUUUAUAUGUAUAUCUGGAGAUUUUGACUAAAACUGCACAUUUUCUGAAACACCGAAGGAAAAUGGGAAACGUAGUGUCAGUAAAUCUUUGCAAACGAACGUCAAUAACGGUAAAAUUGGAUCACUUCUACUUACUAAUGUAUUAUAUACUCAUUGAGCCUUGUUCAUUUCGUAUGCUGUGACGCCAGUAUACCACAAAAAGAAAAAAAUCUCCGUGUUCUCCUCUCUUUUUAAGAUAAGCUCACUUCGAUAACUAGAUAUCCCAUCUAAGAUCUUGAAAUAUUAACCUCACAAAAUACUAAACCAAAAGAAACUGAGUUUCAUCGGAUAUCCGCUACAGAAGGAGAACGGGAUUAAAUGUUUGCAGAUAAAUCCAAAACAUUGUGACUUAGAUUAGACAAACAGGUCCCCUCAUUCUUUUUUGUCAUUCGCUGUCACAAGGGGAAAGUCAUUUCACCUUAAAAGUUCACACAUCUAAGACGAUGGAAUGAUCAAAAUCAAUGCAAAAGAUACUUCCUUUUUCUGGAUGUUUUAUAUCACGAACACUCACUUUCACAUUGCAUUUCAAAAGGAUUGAAUGAACUAACAAGAAAAUCACUCACUUUCGAUCAUUAAACGUUUGAUGAUACGUAUAUGGAAUAAAUUAUAAUGCAGAACAAAUCUAAGAGAAGCAGUGAUAACCAAAGCCUAUGUUGAAAAUACAGAUUACAAAAUAUAUCACUCUUCAUACAGGUAUGAUCACCAGUAAGUUUCCAAAAUACGUAUUGCAUACCCUCUUCACUUUAAAUAGCAAAUCCCAUAUAAUCAAGACCAUUCAUUUGGUAGCAUCUGUGUCAAAUAUUAAUAACAUUUUAAAAGCAAUGUCAACGAAAUAACUGUUCUUGACUUUAAUCAUCAGAAGCAAGCUUAGGAUAAAAUUCAAAAGAACAUCAAUGCACGCCUUAUAUAUCAUGAUAUAUCAAACCACAAGGUUCCAUUCCCUUAUAGAGCACUCUCAUAUAUCCGGACAAAGUAUAUUUCACUGAAGCGUCAGAAUCCUUCUCAACGACAGGAGACUUAAAAUUGCUCACCCCAAACAGUUCUGCACGAAUCAUCAUUUUCCUUUCCUUGGGUGCCUGCAGUUUCGGUUGUACACGAAGGAAAAUGUAUGUUCAGAAUCCAUACCGACGCUACAGGAAAUGAAAUUGAAAGGUAGAGUUUUCAAUAGAUAUGUAAAAAUAUAUGUCUCUAGCAACAAUAGAUCAUGGAUAGAUACAACCUAGAUGAAGACUGUGGGGACGCACAGGAAGAAUUUCGCUAGCGUAACAGUUUGCUCAUAUUAUUGUAAUGUAGAUAAUUUUGAAUGUUGUAUGUAGAGCAACGUUAUGUACUAAAAGGAAAAAAGUACAAAAAUAUUUAUAUUUCGCUUCACGAGACAAAAUGUUUAAUUUUCAUGAAAACUCAUACGUCCAUGAGAAAUCAACUAUAACAUCAAAAUAGUAGAACUCUUGAUCAAACCUCAUGCAAAUACCAAAUUAUUCAUGUCUGAGAGUAAGAAGAUCUAUGGAGUUAAACCUGUUUUAGGUCAUUUUUUACACUUUCUUCAAAAGAAAGUAUCAGCACUAACUCCUCCUUUCAAAAGUCUAUGCAGAGAAAAAAGAUCCUCAGGUAUUACUAAAAGAAAUUUUCUUUUUCGUUAUUUCUAGUACUUUACAUUUUCCGUUUUUAGUGGAACUAAUGUCUUCUGUGAGCCAACAUUUUUCAGAUGUUUGUACAAAAGUCUCAUCUUUUACAUCUUGUAGCGAUGAAGUCGUGUCUGUUAGAUCUAGUAGUAGUAGUUCAUUUUUAUCCCUGAGCUUCUCUACUUAGAAAACAAAAAUCCUUUGUAGGAUCCUUGGAGCUUCAAUUGUGGUCUGAUUUCUCUGUUCAGCUUUUAAAAUGAAUCUAUUUACUAACAUUACGUUAAUAACAGUUAGCAUCUUGGAAACCUAGAUAACGGUAAUGCUACCACAUUUCAUUUUUCUUAUGCCUCCAUUGAGAAGAUUUAUGCUACGUCGUUCGGUGUUCUAAAAUGUGUCCUUUAAAUUCUUAGUUCGUGAUAACUUCCCCGCUGUAGUAUAUCUUGUCUUGGCGUCAUAUAAAUUGUCACUCCAUGUUCUUCAUUUUAUUGCCGAAGAAAAGAAAAAAAAAAUGUGUGCAGAAUAUACUAGUUGCGUCAGUUUAGAUUUUGGCUUCAUUGUCCUUAAAGUCAAAAACACAUUGUUCAUUAGGAAUUUGUUCUAGCAACUAUUCCAAUAUAGUCCUGAGAGGAGUAUGUUCUUGGAGACAUUGCUUUUAGUGAUUAUGUUCAAGUUGUUGCGGUGUUCAAACCUUUGCUGGUAGAGAUAACAGACUCAGUAUAUGAUAAUUGUAGUUCCGAUAUUUGGUUGGGGGCCUAGGCGUCAGGAGUGGUAUUCAUAGAAAAGAGAAAUAAAUUACAAACAGUAAAGAAAUGGAAGUAAAACUAUUGGAGUGCUAUUCAUAAGUUUUUUUUAAGUCAACCAUCGCAAUUCUUGUUUCAGAAUUGGAACCCCUGGAAAAUAAUUUAGACCAAAAAUAUCGCACCUAGAACAUGUGCAUUUUAAACUAAUGUUAAAGUACAAUCCACGCAAGAAAUAGAGAGCAGAAUGAUAUUCAUUACAUUAUAGAGCAUCAGAAAAUAUUAUGAAUAGCGCUCCUUUAGAUUUAAUAUAUUUUUUAUGAAUAGAAAACAUUCACAUUUUUUUCUCAGACAUAGCAUCUUUUAAUCAAUUGACGCUUUGCAAGCAAUUCUGGUGUGAAUUAGGCUAAAGCGCUCCCUCUUUCCAUUAAUAUUUCCUUGCUGAAUCCUUGUCUUUUCAUAACAAAUUUAUUGUCGUGACUGAACAGAAAUCAGGCAUUGUUAGUGAUAGGAAAAGAAUACUUUCACUAAAAACUAAAACUAAUGUAUUAUUUUAGAUGGAAGUAAUUUGUCGUUCAUUAGUACUUGGAAUUGCAUAUUAGAAGUGGAAUUUUUUACGCAGUUUAAAACACUAGUUGUCCAUUUUCAUAUGAAUGUGAUGUGAUGAAAUACUUCUAAAGCUAAGAAUAUUGAUUAUGUUCGUAAAAACUGCGCAUGUGUCGUGGCCUAUGAUAUUUUACAAAUUUCAUCAGAAACUCUAGGAUUAACAGACUUGCUUUCAUUUUCUUGAUUAUUCAUAUAGAACAAACAAAUGAAAUACUUGUAGAUAGGAUUUUAUUCAGAGUAAAAAGAAGAUUGUAGUUGCUUCAGUGGCUUAUACACUGCAGCAAUUUGUUUGUGAUUUCGUUUUGUGAUAUUGUCACCGUUUUGGUCUUAGUUCUGAUUUGAUUUUUGUCAUUGGUAUCAAUAAGCUUUGUUUUAAAAAAGCUUAAUCCAAGCAGUCUGCUGCUUCCUCUCCUUUAAUAUAUCUUUGGGAAAAGUCGGGUUUCAUUCUUUCAGAGGUGGAAAAUGAAGCCGAACAUGAAAGAAAUUAACUGCCAUAUUCACAAAUCUUUUCUCAAUUUAAGUCUGGUAGCCGAAAUCCACUUUCGAUUAGUGUAGUUUCAUCUGUUUUACAGUAUUGACCAUAUACGAUUUUCUUACAGCUGCCGUAAUCUGAAGAUUACGUUUGUAUUUAAUUAAGGUUUAUUGGUGAAUCACCAAAAGAUUUGAUGUUGUAUACUGAUUCAUUGGAAAAUCUUAUUCAAAUGAGAGUACGUUUUCAAUCUUAUAUUCGAUGAAAAAUGUAUGGAAUCUGUAUUUGUUAAUUGCUGUACUACAUUACUUUUUAUUGAUUGUACACCAUUUGCACCGAGAAUUUAUGAUAUGAGUUUCAGAAAAACAUUUCCGUGUAGACUUUUCUAAAACUCCGCAGUGAAAUUACGAUCAAUAACGAAAAGAAACAAACCACCAUAAUUAUGCUGUAAGAGAUAUUUCUCAUUUCCUUUCAACAUAGAUGUCAUCAGGUAUUUUGUAAACUAAUCGCUUGUUUUGCAUCUUCCAUUUUUUGUUUAGCUUUUGGUUUGGUGUUAGAUUAGCACAAAGUAGUGGUGGAGGUGAAGUUAGAAAACUGGGUUUUGGUGUUAGAGAAUAUUAGGUCGUGAAUUUCUAGUCCCUCGGGAAUCAUGGUCGUCAACAAAGUGUAGCUCUUUAUGGUGCUAGCAAUAAUAUUAGCUACGAUUACAUGACAGACAUUAUUUUUGCUACUUUACCUUUUAAAACACGGUAGACGCGACCAGCCAAGUCCAGUAGAUCUAAGAAAAUCGUAUGAAAAAAGCGAACAGAAAACGAAAGGGACAUCAUUACUAGUCGUCAAAUUGAUGAUAGCUUAGUUACUCCAUUAGAUCGUUUGACAGAGACUUUACCUUUGUGCCAAACGUAGGAAGACCAUAUUCACCAGAGCCGACAAUGAAGACGUUAGUUAGUAUCUAGAAGAUUAAAUACCUUGCUGAUCUCCAUGUAUCAUUAUAGUUGUGUACUGAAUAUAUAUAUAUAUAUAUA